AUGUCGACCCUCAAUAUGUUAGCAGAGCAUUCGUCCUUCGGAAGGCCCAGUCUGGGCGCAACGGACACGGUCAAUGCCAGUUCGUUUCCCUACUCGACGGCCAAUGCCUUCGCGGGCGAUUUCCACGGCCUGCCCCUGCACGAGGAAGACAAUAUCUGGAACAUGAGUCCCAUCUCGCCAAUGAUGUCUUCCUGGAAUGGCAAGCGCGAACCUGCCUUUGUCAGCCCCGGUCUGGAACGGGACCUGAAGAACACGUAUGUCCGGAACGGCCAGCCCACCCCUCCCCUCUACGACGACAAAGACGCCAGUUCCCCAACCGGGCUGUAUUUUGGUCAUCUGGACGGCACCAUGCCGGAGUCCACAGACCUUCAUCGCGGAAGCUUCAGUGACCACUCCGGCGUCGACACCAAUGGCAGCUGCAAGCGUCGGAAGGUCCGCGAUCAGAAACACUCGACGUCCCGCUUCAGUCCCAGCGACUACGAUGAUCAGCGGCAGGAGAAGGCGAAACGGGAGAAAUUCCUCGAAAGGAACCGGCUUGCCGCGAGCAAAUGCCGUCAGAAGAAGAAGGAACACACCAUGCUCCUCGAGUCUCGGUACAAGGAGCAGUCGGACAAGAAGGAGAAGCUCGUGGCGGAAAUCGCACGCCUGCGUUCGGAGAUCCUGGGUCUGAAGAAUGAGGUCCUGAAACACGCACAGUGCGGGGACGAACCGAUCAAGCUGCACCUGGCUCAGAUGGUGAAGAAGAUCACCUACAAGGACAGCUCUACCGGUUUUGCCGAUGCAGCCGACGCGACGUCGACUUCGGAAAGCCCAGAGAUACCGGCCGCACAGCCGUCAUUGUCGUUUGGCUUUGAUGAUCCAUUACACCUCGAAAAUGCGCAGGGCCUUGGGGCCUUUGACCCCCAGCUUCGCAGGGAGUCUGAGACGUCUCUGAUUUCCGACGCGUCCUACGCAUACUCGGCCGAUGGCAACUUUGAUGAUUUGAUCAACGUCUAG